AUCUCACGCUUCGCGGGAGCACUCGUAACUCGCACAUUAUUAUUUAUCCAAACUUCCGCAAGGCUUUCCAAUGGACUGGGUGAGGACCAGGACAGAUUUAGCACGCACUCUUCAUGGGCUGGGAGCCGUGAGGAGAGCCCCGGGGUGCUUUGCGGGGUGUAUCUGGGGGGUGGCACGGAGCGCUGCUGACACCGGAGGAUGCUGCGCGACCCCGGACCGCCCGCUGAAGGAGAGAGGGAGGCUCUCCUCCGCUCCCGGCAGAUCAUUUCCCUGUGUGUCAGCGCCAGAGGCACGAGCAUGACUGUGCUCUGUUUCCCUGGGACGGAGGAAGAGCUCCGCUGCCGUGGCCGGGUGUCAGGGUAGGGUGGCUGCGGGCUCGGGAGCGGACACUGCCCGGAGGAGCGAACUCCCGGCCGGGACCAGAUGCUGCUCUUUAAUUAUUUGGGAAGACACUGACACCCAGAAAGUGCUGCCUGACAACUGUGCGGGAGAUUCUUUGAUGGAUUACAAUCUCAUCAGACUCCAAUUUGAGAAGAAGAAUGACAGCUCGGACACUUAAACCAGACUUUUCACCAUCCUGGAAAGGAACUGGCUUCCAGAAUUUGGAGGGUUUUUGAUGCUCUACCUCCCUCUGCUGUUACCAGCGAGAAGUUCCUCGACAAUGGGAAAUCAUGUACUCGCAGCUUCGAUUUCCAUGCUCUCGCUGCUGGUGAUGAUGGGAGACACGGACAGUAAAACAGAGAGCUCCUUCCUGAUCGACUCCGACCCCAGCCGCUGUAUGAGGCACCACUACGUCGACUCCAUCAGCCACCCUCUCUACAAGUGCAGCUCCAAGAUGGUGCUGCUGGCUCGCUGCGAAGGCCGCUGCAGCCAGACGUCGCGCUCGGAGCCCAUGGUUUCCUUCAGCGCGGUGCUGAAGCAGCCCUUCCGCUCCACCUGCCACUGCUGCCGGCCCCAGACCUCCAAGCUGAAGGCCAUGAGGCUGCGGUGCUCGGGGGGCAUGCGGCUCACGGCCACCUACCGCUACAUCCUCUCCUGCCACUGCGAGGAGUGCAACUCCUAGGGACCAAGGGGCACGGCAGGCGGGGGACAAGGGGGUGCUGCUGCGGGGGAAGAGCCCCAAGAAACAAUCCAAGGUCAGGCCGGUGCUCCCAGCACAGGAUUGCAGCGAGGACAGGACUAACCAGGCCGGAUUGAAUCUGAGAGCAGAAGUACAAAAUAUCCUGGGUUGCUGGAUGGUGCUGGUACCGCAGUGUGGGCUGUGAUAAAGGCAAAAGCAUGAGGACUUGUUUUUAAGAAGCCUUUCUUUUUUUCUGAAAGGAUAUUUUUUGAGAGUUUCUUCUUUUUCAGACUCAGCUCUGACUACAGAGAGGUGCUUUUACUCUAGGCCAUGGGCAGCAGGGGAACAGAGAAGAAGGUCAGCCAGAUGACAGCACUGCAGUCUGGAAAGUGACAUUUGGACAGAGGAUGGGCAUCAGUUCCCACAGACAACCUCUUAACCUAUCAAUUUAUUCUCAGUUUUCUAGUUAUACUGGCCUUCAAAGCAAUCUGUGCUGUUGGCAAGGGUCAUCUGUUACUGACCUAGUGGCCAAAUGCUGGAUAACUUCAACUGUGGUUUAGCAGAAAUUACAAAUAAACCAUUGAAAAGUGAACUGGA